UAAAUUGAGGGAUCCUAAAUUUACUUCCGUGUUUGAUUCCAAUUCUCUUCUUUGUGUCAUUGUGUUCGAGUUGGUUUGAUUUAAAAGUAUAUGUCUAUACAGCUUUCAAAAGGAACUUGACCUAACGUUAACCACUGUUGCCACAAUUCACAUGUUCAGAAAAAUCUCGUCACCAGGAAAUAUUGGCUCGGGCACUUCACCUAGUGUGUUCAUCUUUGAAAGAAUUGUCAUCUUGUGUUUUGUGAGUUUCCUGUACAUUGUCAAGAAUUUUAUACAAGCUUCACAAUUUUUUUUUGUGUGGGAGGAGUGCAUGGAGAAAAAAAAACUGGAGAUCAAACAUUCUCUUGGCCCUGAAACAUGUGCUUUACAGAAUUACGCGCUUACCUGGAAAGUUGGUGAUGAGUGAUCGUUAAACGAUUCUUUUUUCAUUACAUGGGUUAAUGAUUUAUAUGUACGUUAUACAAGAGAAACUUGAAAUUUACAAUGUCAGCUGAUUUGUGUGUAUUCAUUAUGAGUGGAUGAUUUUUUUUUUUAUAAGCAUCCGUACCUACCUUCUUGUAAAAACAGUGAAUCAAGAGUGAUAAACAUUCAAAAGGAAUUAUAAGUUGCACAAGAAAAAACUACCAUGUUGACAUUAUUGGUUGUGGAUGUUUAAAUUCAACUUUUUAAAGGAAAACUGUAAAACCUUACUUUGAUUUUUUUUUUAUUUGGUUUAGGAUAGCAAUACAGAUUUUAAAAAUCAAUAUAGAAUCAAUAUAGAAGACAUGCCCUCUAUUUGGAAAUCUUGCCAACUUUUGUGUGUGUUUCUUUCAAUCAAAAUUUGAGGCCCUACCACAAACCACUGCUGUGGUUCAAAACAUUGGUGAGAUAAUACCAAGUACAUAGUAUAUAUGUGUGUAUAUACCCAACAUAAAAAACACUACAGAGGAAAAAUAGUUUAUUGAUUUGGGUUUUUUUUUUUUGUAAUGCACAAAUCUUGGGUAUACUGUGUAUAUUUAUGAAAUUAAAAGACAGCUCAAAUACUACACCACAGGGAUGUACUUAAUUCAGCUGUUUUAUCGACGACAAGGUUGAAGUUUCUAACAGAGGAAAAAAAAUUAAGGAAGUAAAAUGUAGUAUAUAUUGGACUUUCGUGAAGAGUGUGAACAUCAUGCUGUCUUAUUCGAGUGAUUCGAAGGAAAUAGAAGCUGAACAAGUUUAGUUUGUGAUCGAUUGAUUGAUAUCCUUUCUGACGCCUGACAAGUUGUGGUUUUUCUGGAUUUUGUUUGUUUGUUUUGUGUAUUUUACAAACUGUGAUUCUGCUUAAUGACAUCUUAACAUGUGAUAUAGUUUUCCAGAUAACUGUGUUGUGUUUUCUGGUUUUGAUAUAAACUUUUAACUUUUAGUGAGGGUAGAAGGUACCCGAAAGCUUCUCCCUUUCAUUUUUUUUGGUGUCAUUUCUUUUUUAAAAUAAUGAAAAGAGGUAACUCGAAAGAGGAUGCACUUCCCCUACAAAGGAGAUGGUUUCACCCCCACAUAUCGGGCGUGAAGGCGGAGGAGUUGUUGAAGGAGCGCGGUUAUGAUGGCAGCUUCCUGGCCAGACACAGUACCAGCAGUCCCAGUGAUUUCACUCUCUCUGUAAGGAGGAAGUCUGAAGUGACCCACAUAAAGAUCCAGAACAAUGGGGAGUACUACGACCUGUACGGUGGGGAGAAGUUCGCUACCCUGGCAGAGCUGGUCCAGUACUACAUGGAGAACCAGGGGCAGCUGAAGGAGAGGAACGGGGUGGUCAUAGAGCUCAAGUAUCCCCUCAACUCAGAGGACCCCACCACAGAGAGAUGGUUCCACGGCCAUAUAUCUGGAAAAGAGGCAGAAAAGGUGCUAAUGGAGAAAGGCAAGAACGGUAGCUACUUAGUGCGGGAGAGUCAGAGCAAGCCGGGCGACUUUGUGCUGUCUGUACGGACCGACGACAAAGUGACGCAUGUCAUGAUCUGCUUCCAUGAUAAGGAUGAGACUUAUGACGUGGGAGGCGGAGAAAAGUUCAAAAGUCUGACUGAUCUCGUGGAGCAUUACAAAAAAAAUCCCAUGGUAGAGAAACUAGGAACCGUGGUGCAUCUAAAAACGCCUUUCAAUGCCACAAGAAUUCCUGCUUCUGGUUUAGAAAACCGUGUCAGGCAGUUAGAAAAAGAGAAAGACAGUGCGAACACAAAGAGCAAAGGGGGAUUCUGGGAUGAAUUCGAGCAAUUACAGCAAAUGGAGGUCAGACAUCUCUAUAGUAGGAAGGAAGGACAAAGGAUAGAAAACAAACCCCGCAACCGAUACAAAAAUAUCUUGCCAUUUGAUCAUACGCGAGUUGUGUUGAAGGAUGGAGACCCAAACGUCAUUGGAUCCGAUUAUAUAAAUGCCAAUUUCAUUACAAUGGACGAAGACUCAUCAGCGGAUCCCAACAAGAAAAGUUUUAUAGCUACACAGGGUUGUCUCCCUGGAACUUUGGCCGAUUUCUGGCGAAUGAUCUGGCAGGAAAACACAAGGGUCAUCGUCAUGACAACCAAAGAGGUCGAGAGGGGAAAGGUGAAAGCUGUGAGGUAUUGGCCCUGUCCCCCAGACUCAGAUGAGGUGAAAGCUGUGAGGUAUUGGCCCUCACCCCAAGAUCCGGAUGAGGUACUGGAGAGAAUGUUUGAGACCUAUGAUGCUAACAUUUAUGUCAAGUUCCUUUCACAAAGGGAUGAAACAGAUUACAUUAUCAGGGAAUUGGAAGUGUGGAAAAUCAACAAAGAUGGCAAGAGGGAGGAGACCAGGCGUGUGUACCAGUUCCACUUCCUGACCUGGCCUGAUUACGGCGUACCCACAGACCCAGGCUGUGUCCUCAACUUCCUCAAUGUGGUCAAUGCCCAGCAGGACAAAAUCAAGGACGCCGGCCCCAUUGUAGUUCAUUGCAGUGCUGGUAUUGGUAGAACGGGAACUUUUAUUGUCAUAGACAUAAUACUCAACCAGAUCAAGAUGUAUGGUCUGGAGUGCGAGAUAGAUAUCCAGAAGACGAUCCAGAUGGUGAGAUCCCAGCGGUCAGGCAUGGUCCAGACAGAGGCCCAGUACAAGUUUGUCUACAUGGCCGUGCUCCACUACCUAGAGACCGAGCAGCAACGCAAGCGGGCCGAGGAGCAAUCUGUGGGGAGAGAGUACACCAACAUAAGCUAUACUGCUACCAUGGAGACGGCCAACAAAUCGCUGUCUGCCAGCACAAAGGCCGCACUACCCCCGGUACUACCCACCUCCGCCAAGAGGAAGGAGAAGGACCUACCCAAACUGCCAUCUGCUGAAGAUACCAGGCAGAUAUACCAGAACAUUGGCUCAGUGGGAUCAAAAUAAUCGCAGGAAUUGUGGGAUAUUGUAGUACAUAUACUGACACUGACCAGUGUGAUAAAGGGAGGAAUGAUUUCAGCCAUUCAUCAUCAAACAAAAAAGUGAAGAAGAAAAAACUCCCAAGAUGAGUGAUUAUAUAUAAGGUGACUUUUGUCUACAAAAUCUCCUCUUGACAUUGUUUCAGUGCAAGAGGUGUGCUUUCUUCAGAGAGAGAGAGAGAAAGAGCAGUAAUGGUGGAUAAAAAUUUCCUUUUUUCUUAAAUGGUGCACUGUGUAUCGGAGAUGUGAUUCAUACUGGAAUCCAGAAAAAUGACUCUGAGUGUAUGAAAAUGCGCAUCACAGGUUCAUUUUAAGGACUUGUAUUUUCACUAUGUGAGAUAAGGUGAAAUAUUACGCUCAUUUUAUGAGAGAUUUAUCAUUUUGUUAUGGGAAGUUCAAUCAAAUGGAAGGGAAAGAUUUGUCUUGAUUUUAAUAUCAAGAUUAAACCUGAGCGUAUAGCUAUGAAUUAUCUGUAUGAUUUUAUUUUAUUUUUUUUCAAAAUAUCAUAAAUGAUAAUUUGUAAUUUUUGAGGUAAGAGGCCAAGAUUUCCUUAUCAUUAGAUUAUUUUGACAUGUUUUGAUUUUGUUUUAAAUGGCAAAAAUUAUUUGUUGUCAUUAUACUCCUUUAACCUAAGCCCCCUCCCCCCACCCCCACCCCAACCCACCCAUGCCCCACCCCACCUAAAUCUCUUAAUAUAUUCCCCCCUUUACCAACUCUUAACCCACUUUCUAAACUGCCCAUGAGAAUUGGAGAUUUGAAGAUUUGUUAUGUGCAAGCAGGGCUCUGUGGAGUACUUAUUUUGAUAUGUUAUGUGUCUGAUGUUAAGAAAUUCCUUUGUCAAAAUUAUAGUCAUUUGUUCUAUGUUAUUUAUAUAUUGUUAUUAUACUGUUCAUAUACAUGUGUGCUAUCAAAGGGCAAGGCUAGUUUAUAUUUCAUUGAUGCACAUUUUAUAUGUCUACUAUUUCCAUUUGUGAUUGUCAUAAUUAUCUAUUUAUACCUCUUUUAAUAUUAUAAAUUAAGUUUUUUUUUUUAAUAAUUGGUGCAUUCCAAAUUUGUAAAUUUCUGAAAUUUAGUUCUACCACAAAAAAUUCAGUUUAUUAUAUAUGUAAUGUGUUUGUUUCUAACUUGUAUAAAAUUCUAUUACAUUUUUUUUUAUAGAUACAAAAAAAUACUUGUAUUUCUUUUCAAUAUUCUUUUCCAUAAUCAUAAGUUUGAAUUUCCUGUCUCUAUUAUAUUGAUGUAAUUUGAUGUAUAACCAAUAAUGCCCUUAUUGUUCAGAAAUAUGAAUACUACUGAAAUUAUAUAAUUCUUUUUACAUUGAAUUUAUAGAGAGUACAUUUCCUGUAUUGCUGAAUGCCUGUUACCUGUAACAUUUUAGAAUGUGAUUAGAAACAACUGGUUUAGGUUUCCAUAUUUUUUUUUUGCUUUAUUGGCUUGCCAUAUCGAAUCUUGGGAUACAUUAUGCAGAAGUUUUAUAAUGGGAUUAUUUUUCUUUUUUUGUCCAAGAACCGUUUUGAAUUAUUUUGACCAGAAGUUUCAUACACUAUAUGAUAAAAUUCAUGCUGUGCUUUACUUCACAACAUUUGCAUUAUUUAGAUUCGUUCGCAGACAUUGCAAAAAUUCAUGCUGCUGAUUCCAUUGGUAAUCGAUGUUUUAACUGAAUGAUAGAAUAUGAAUCUAAAUUAUACACCAUUGUAAAAUAAUUGUCUCAUAAACAGGGCAUGCUUGUAGCUCAUAUAAAUUUCUGUUUUAACUUGUAGCUUCAGUAUUCCUGAAAAUCUAGUUAUUUAGAAUAUUGUCUCAGUUGUGACUGUUAACAAGAUGUCAACACCUCAGUGAAAACAAAAUUAUAUAUAAAGAAUUUAACCACAAAUAUAAAAGAAAAAGAAAGAAAGAGAAAUGCGAAACAUCUGUUGAAGUAAACGUCUUACCUCAUUUUGUAUAUCGUUGUCAAGUAUGAAUGAAAAGGUAAUUUUGAUGUUCACAAAAUUGUAUUUAUAUUAUUCAAAUUUUAGUUUUCAAUAUACAUUAAGUUUUCCCCCAGUUCCCUUUAAAUUUAUAUCUUUGUUUUAUUGCUAUGUUUAAAAAUCCUGUAGAUUGACAUAUGUUGUGUUGACAGAACUGUUCUCAUGGCUGAUCAAAUGUUUCUAUUGUGAUUUGGAGUAUUUACUGUUUUAUUGCCAUCACUUUUGUCACAAGAUGAUCAUCAAUAAAUGUUACAGUAACAUAGA